UGCGUGUCACCGAGUGGAUUCUGCUUUUCAGCUUUAACGUUAGUAGUAUUUAUUUAUUGAAGUGUUUUAAAGCCUUUGAGUCGCGGUCGUAAAGUUCUUUUUUCUCCGUGAUUUACCGUGAAAACUCUCGCUGCUCCUGUCUGCCGUUAACGAUCAACUUUAUUCAGAUUAAAACUCCAAACUGUCAUGAAGACGUAAUAAAUCCAGCAGAGGGACGUGGAUCGAAUCCUGCUGGAGUUUUUUGACAGAUGAUGGAUUUAUCCGGAUUCUGUUUUGCAGCGCUGCUUCUUCAUUUUGCGGCAUGCGUCCAGGCCGUGUUCGUGGAGCCGCCUCUUCCCGUCACCCCCCUCCGCACCCUGGCAGAGAGCGAGACCCGGCUUCCCUGUCGGUACCAGGUGGAGGAGGGGCAGAAGGUGGUGCAGGUCUCCUGGUCCAAGGAGCUCCCGGAUGGCAGCAAGGACCAGAUCAUCACUGCCCACUUCUCAGACGGGUACACAGAAUUUGGCCGUUACUCUGGCCGGGUGAGGUUCGAGAGCAGCAGCCCCACGGAGGACUCGGCUCUGCUCAUCCUGAACACCGAGGAGUCGGACGAAGGCAGCUUCACCUGCCACAUCUCCACCUUCCCGAACGGAAACUUUGAGAGACGCUUGACGCUCACUGUCUGGAUUGUUCCCAUCUCCUCCCUGGAUCCUGUGGUGCUGGCGGAAGGCCAGUCCUUCCGCGUGGCCGCCGCCUGCCGUGCCGUGGGUCGCCCGCUGCCCCGCCUCUCCUGGGAGACCAACCUUCCAGGUGUUAGUCACAACCGCACCACUGAGGGCGGCUCUGUAUCCAGCUACUACUCCCUCCAUCCUCUACGCAGCAUGAACGGGAAGCAGCUGGACUGUCUGGUGUGGCAUCCCGCCCUGGAGCAGCCGCGCAGGAUCCCAAACCGCCUUGUAGUCCAGUAUCCUCCAGAUGCCACCAUCACCACCUCCACGGCAGACUGGUACGUGGGUUUGGAGAAAGCUGAGCUGCUCUGCGACGUUGGUGGAUUCCCCAAACCUCAGAACAUCACCUGGACCUGGAGGGGCGGAGCUCUGCCAAACGGAGCAUCUGUGCUUGGAGGAAAGCUUAUCUUUGGGCGUGGCCUUCGUUUGAAUGACAGCGGGUUGUAUGAGUGUGUGGUCAGGAACUCUGUGGGAGAAGACAGGACCGAGUUCCUGUUGACCAUAACGGAGACAUGUGGUAGGACUUGUGUGCCGGACAACCUGGUGCUGAUUGUGGUUUGCUCUGUAGCUGGAGCUUUGGUGCUGCUUUUGGUCAGCGUCGUCAUCCUGGUCAACCACCGCCAUCAACACCGAAACAAAAAACUUAAGACUGAACUCAGUGUAAAAACGGAGGAAAUUAGCACGCUGUCCAGGCAAGCGUCCUUCAGGAGGCUGAACUCUGUCAAUGCGGACCCCAGAGUGCAGGGAGAAGAUUACGCCCUCCUCCGAGUCGACAGCAGAAUGAAAAACAGUGACAUAUCUCUGGAGCGACCCACCUACAAAGGCAGCCAGCCCGCCCUGAGUGGGAAGUGGGGGCCUGCAGUGGGCAUGGAAGUUGAUGAACUGGGACGUCCGGUCGUCUGGGGCGAUGGCAGGGAGGAGCUGAGAGAAACUGAGGUGGAUGGAGAGAAGGAGGAGCGUCGUAGGAGGGUGGAGUCAUACUUAAAGAGCAGCAACAUGUCGCUGGACUCAGGUCUUCCCUCAUCCCUGAUUCCACUGAAGGUACAGCCGGAGGACGGCGUUGGGUUCAGAGAGCCAGACGUGGUUCACGUCAGGGAGGGAGGCACCCCGAGUGAGGACUGGGGUCCGGCUCAGCCAGGCCUCCAGGGGUACGAGGAUGAUGGCGACAGCAGCACCUACCAGAUCUCCGAGGCCCUCACCAAUCAUUUCUACUACAGCAACGGCGUCCUGAGGCCCAAACUGCACUCCAAUGCCAUCCUGCUGCACCCCAAGGGUCAGGUCAUCUAGAGACCCCAAUACCAGCAGCAUCUCCGCGUUCAGCAGGACUCGUAUUGGGAGUUCUGUGCAGCUGAGCGGGACCCUGUGGGACCCUGAGCGGGACUCCAGCAUCACCUGAAUGGAUUUUGUUUUGUUUUGUUUUUAAGCCUCCACUGAUGGAGAAUUUGGUGAUCCUUGAUUUUUGGUGCACGUUUGCCACUAACAGAUGAAAUGUUGCAUCGCUGUACCAUGGAACGGUGCGACGUGCACGUUACUCCACGUUAUUCCACGUUUACAGCUCCUGAUGACUUGUAGCCGGAUGAUUUGAAAUCGACAACGGACGCAUCCUAGCAAAUCAGAGAAAAGACGACGUGGACGGACACUCGACUUUUGAGCUCAGAAUCUUUGGGUUUUGAGCUCGAUGGUGAGCUGAGACUAAAAUGUGCCUGAUGUCAUAAAAUGUUCUCAGUCUGUGUAAAUCCAGUUAUACGACUGGAUCAGGUUUUCUACCAGUGUUGUUCCCGGUGUGGUCUUGGUGUCCAGGAGGCGGCGCUGAACGGACUGAACGGACACGCUGCCGAUGUGCUUCUGGCCGCUGAACAAUAUCUUUGUGCAGAUGAUUUUUUUCAUACAGUAUUUUUUACGAGGAGUGAGAACUCGACGUGUAACUGUUGACAUGUUUGUUGAUAAAAGUGCAGCAUCAGAACACAUUAUUGUUUGUGAAGACACACA